AUUCCAGCCUCGUCGUCAUAGAUCCUCGUCUUCUCCGCGGCCUCUGGGACGCCGUCGACGCCUGAACCGCCUCGACGCGCCGCCCCCGCCCCCUCCUUCGUGUGCGCGCGGCAUACGCCUCGAGUUCUGCGGGCGUCGACGUCGGAGAGGCCCGAAACGCCCUCGCUCUGAUUUAGAAUGCCCAUCAAGAAGAAGGAGAAGGUGCGCGUCAUCGCCACCAACUACCCCGUCGACGGCGACGACGUGUCCGACAUGUCGGACGAGGAGGAGGAUCUGUCGAGCGACCCGCACUUUGAGGACGCGGCGCUCGAGGUCGUCGGCGCGGGCGCGUCGCGCGAGGCGGCCGCGUUCGCGUCCGGCCUGGGCGCGCUCAAGAUCCCCACGUCCGUCACCGGCGACCUCCAGGAGUGCGAGCUCGUCGGCCUCAAGUCCGUGCUCUUCGUGCAGACCAUGUGGUCGCCGACGCUCCUCGCGUCGCUCGGCGAGACGGUCUCGCAGCACGGCGCGAGCUUCGCCGAGUGCGUCCUCGAGACCGACGACCUCGGCGUCGCCCGCGUCCGCGCCGUCGCCAAGAAGAAGGCGACGGUGCGCACGCCGCUGACGAAGCUCGAGCUCGCGGCCCUCUGCUACGAUCUCAAGGAAGCCCUCGCCGAGUUCAACCCCACGCCGCUGCCGUUGGGCUCCAUCGAGGAGGAGCUCCACUCCCUCGGCGUCGUCAGCACGGACCCGCGGGCGGCAACGCGCGCCUCCGCGAGCGCGAUGGAUGACUCCGGCUACAGCGACGCUCGCGGCAUGGACGAUUCCUGGCACCACUUCGCCGCGCGCGCCGCGCCGCUCGCGGUCGAGGGCGCGGGCGCCGCGCAGCGCGUGACGACGCCGACGUCCGUCGACGGCGUCAUCGAGGACGACGGCCGCUCGCGUCUCCACAUCGUCUGCACGUCGUCGCCGACGAUCCUCCAGUCGCUGGGCGACGUCGCCGCGAGGCACGACGUCGGCUUCGCCGAGUGCCGGUCCGAGACCGACGACCUCGGCGUCACGCGGCUCCGCGCGGAGUUCAAGCAGCGGGGCGGCGCGCCGCUGACGAAGCUCGAGCUCGCCGUGAUCGCCUUCGAGCUCAAGGAGGCGCUGGCCCAGUUCCGGCCCGCGCCGCUGCCGCGGGAGUCGCUCGAGGAGUCGCUCGGCAUCGUGCCGGCGCUCGCGCCCGACCCGCUCCUGUCGCGGAAGCGGCGCCCCUCGCCCUGGAGCUAG